UGAGAGCGUUUCCUGUCUCGCCCGGUGUUCCGACUCCCUCGUUGCCUUAUGUUAGGAGAAAUAUAGAUACGUACCCAAAACCCUGCAGCUGGGGUUCCCUGCACAGAGUCAGCACUGCGCAGGAGAGAGAGAGAGAGAGAGAGAGAGAGUAAGAGACGGGGAGAGAGAGAGUUGGAGAGCGAGAGAGAAAGAAUCAGACUUGCCACAUCCCUGCCAAGGGUGAGCAUUUACGCGCGAUCCGGUAGCCGAUCUCCAGCAGCCGUGCACCGCCACCAGGACUAAUUUCAUCAUGAAAACUUUCAAACUCUUUAUUUUGACAUAAGCCGUUUUUUCUGCGUGUGCUGCGUGGAAAGAAAAAAGCCCAACUUCUACCACGGCACACCAUCCGUGUCGCGGUGAAGUUAUUCCAUCUUCUUUGGGUGCCAAUUAUAAAGGCCCUGCGUUGAAGCCUCUCCAGCCGCCAGUGACCCUGUUAGCUGGCUUUAAUGUCAACGAUCUGGCUCCAAAGUGGAGGGAAUUACCUCACUUUUAGUCUCCAAUCAGGAAAAAAAGAAGAGCAAUACAGCAAAAUGCAGAGCUUGACUCUUUUUCAACCCUUGUGCUCUUUUGAGGGUCUGACUGCUCUUGCUUUCUGGUGAAACACAGGGUCAGGACUGUGUGGAUAAAACCCUGAGGGUUUUGACAUUUCAGCUUUUCUGUCUUUUUUUUUUUUAAAUUUUUGCUCCUCUUCUGGCCUCAGUGCUUUUUGGAAAGGGCCCAAAUGAUCUGGUGGUGUUGCUCAGGCAUAUGCAGAGCCCUGGCUCUUCUGGCGCUCCUGUUUCCCUUGCAGGAGAGGAGCUGCUGGGGUCUCAAUCCCAGCUCUGGGGAUCUGGAGAAGUCUCCACACUCUGAUCCAGACUCCUGGGAUGUCCUGCACAGAAACAGACGCAGCUGGGUAUGGAACCAGUUCUUCGUAUUAGAAGAGUACACAGGAAAUGAACCUCUCUACGUUGGCAAGCUACACUCAGAUGUGGACAAAGGAGAUGGCAAGGUGAAGUACGUGCUCUCUGGUGAGGGUGCCACCUCCAUCUUCACCAUUGAUGAGAACACGGGAGACAUCCAUGCCACAAAGCGGCUUGAUCGAGAGGCUCAGGCUUACUACACCCUUCAAGCUCAAGCUGUAGACCGACUCACCAAUUUACCUGUGGAACCCAAAUCUGAAUUUGUGGUCAAAGUCCAGGACAUCAAUGACAAUGAGCCCAAAUUUCCUGAUGGACCAUAUCUGGCAGGAGUACCAGAGAUGUCACCCUUAGGAACCAUGGUAGUGCAAGUGGUAGCCACAGACGCAGAUGACCCAACAUACGGGAACAGUGCCAGGGUGGUUUACAGCAUCGAACAUGGACAUCCGUAUUUCUCAGUGGAGCCAAAGACAGGUGUCAUCAGAACAGCUCUGCCAAACAUGGACCGGGAGACGCGGGAUCAAUAUGUUCUCGUCAUCCAGGCCAAAGACAUGGUUGGCCAAAUGGGUGGCCUCUCCGGCACCACCUCUGUAACGGUCACGCUUACAGAUGUCAAUGACAACCCGCCUCGGUUCGCUCACAAGAACUAUCAGUACACGGUGCUCGAGUCCCUGCUGGUGCAAUCUGUUGUGGCCAGAAUAAAAGCGGCGGAUGCUGAUAUAGGCUCCAACGCAGAGAUGGACUACAGGAUCAUGGACGGCGAUGGGCCCGGCAUGUUCAACAUAACGACAGAUGAGGACACACAAGAGGGGGUCAUAAUGCUGCUGAAGCCUUUAGACUUUGAAACAAAGAGCAGCUUUUCUCUGAGAAUCGAAGCCACAAACAGGAAUAUCGACUCCAACUUCUUGAGCUUGGGACCGUUUAGCGACACGACAUCAGUCAAGGUGACGGUGGAGGAUGUGAACGAGCCGCCCGUCUUUUCCAUACCGUUGAGCAAGAUGGUCGUUUCAGAGGACGCCAAAGUGGGCACCUCAAUCGGGAGAGUCUCUGCCCAUGACCCAGAUAACUCCAACAGUCCGAUCAGGUACUCCAUUGACAGGAACACAGACUUGGAGCGCUUCUUUAAUGUGGAUGCUCUAAGUGGGGUCAUCAGCACAGCCAAACCUCUGGACCGAGAAGCAAACUCGGUCCACAACCUCACCAUCUUUGCCAUCGAGAGCCAUGACCCAACCCAAAUCGGAAAAGGCAUCACUCUGAUCACAGUGCUGGACGUAAAUGAUAACGCUCCGGUUUUUGCCAUAGACUAUGAAACACUGCUUUGUGAAAAUGCCAUACCAGGACAGGUGAUCCAGACAAUCAGCGCAGUGGAUAAGGAUGAACCUUUGAGUGGUCAUCGCUUUUAUUUCGCCCUGGCAGGACCCGCUGCUGGUAACCUUAACUUCACUCUGCGAGAUAAUAAAGACAACACAGCAUCCAUAUUGACAAAGCGAGGUGGCUUCAGGAGACGGGAGCAGCCUGUGUAUCGACUCCCUGUGUUGAUUGUGGACAGUGGAAGUCCUGCUCUCAGCAGCACAAAUACACUCUCAGUUCGAGUGUGUGACUGUGACUCUGACGGAGUGGCCUUGUCUUGUGGAGCUGUGGCCUAUACAGCAACUGGCCUCAGCACGGGUGCCCUCCUGGCUAUUUUGGGCUGCAUCAUCACACUUCUGGGUAAGCCCUGUAUGACCUUAGUGUCACAGAUGCAAGUCCGGUCAACAGCAGCUUGUGUGGUCAUGGUUCUACUAAUUGUGACUAUGCGUCGGAGAAGAAAAGAACCUCUGAUUCUGGAAGAGGAAAGAGAUAUCAGAGAAAACAUCGUCCGUUACGACGAUGAGGGAGGGGGCGAGGAGGACACAGAGGCCUUCGACAUGGUGACCCUGCGUAACCUCAAUGUCAUCAGAGACCCCAACGUACGACGAGACGUCACACCAGAUACCCCUACUUUCUUUCAUUACCCCUCAGCUUCUCGCCCAUCCUAUAAAUCCCUACCAGACAAUGUGGUGUUUCGAGAGUUUAUUUGGGAGCGACUGAAGGAUGCCGACGUGGACCCAUCAGCUCCCCCGUACGACUCUCUGCAGACAUAUGCUUUUGAAGGUAGCGGCUCUGUAGCUGAGUCGCUAAGCUCACUGGAGUCACUAAGUACAGACUCAGAUCAGAACUAUGACUAUCUCAGCAACUGGGGACCACGCUUCAAAAAGCUGGCCGACCUGUACGGCAACAGCGAUAGCACCACUGUCUUGUCAUAGCCACUAAAUGUGUUUCUUAACAUUAGUGGGACUCUAAAAAAUAAUAGUAAUUUAUUGUCAGAGAAAAUGAUUUUGUCUGCCUUAGUGCAUUGGAGGAAAAGAUUCAAAGACAACACAAGAGACUGAAAGAAAAACACUUUGACUUCAAAGGUUUUUUUGGUUUGUUUACCUCCCUGUAUGGAUUUUGAAAAGCGUGCCAUGGUGAGUUUUGACACGGACUUCAAAAGUGGCUUGACUGAGGAGGAAACCUUGUGUGCAAAAGACAUUAAAGGUUUCAGAUUUUGGGCUUGGGUCCAACCACUGACUGCAGAAUGCAUACAUGUUGGAGCAUUUUUACGGGGAGGCACCUGUCCUUUCAUUCCUGUGAUGGGCACCGGCCCAGCACUCUUGCUUUGAAGCAUUCCUUUGCUAUCUUUGUGCUAAAAAAACAUAAAAAUUUCUCAUGAAAGGCUGUGUCUCUAGCGGCUAAUCAGUAGUCACUUGACUGUUCAUAUGAAAUUUGACAGUUUAUAUGGGGUUUUUUUUCUUCUCCUUCUUCUAUCUUUGGGACUGGGGAGCAGGGUGAUGAGGGGCUGUUUUUCAUAAACACUGAAAUCCGGAGCCACAUUAUUCACGGACUCAGAAAUAUCCUUCAACACUAUAUGAAGUGCAACUGCACACAUAUAAUAAAGUAUAAACAAGUAUUUGAUGUGCUAAGGAAAUGAUGUGAAGACAUAAGUUGUGCAAAUCAUAAAAAGAAUGACAUGCUCGUCAUUUUGAUGUCUCCACUGGGUGAAACAGGAAAACAUCAUUUCUCUUCUUCUCCUAACAAUACAUUUUGCAGAAGUUGCAAUGUAGUGUUUGUCUCAGUCUGUUUUUUCUUCAGCCUUUCUAUUGCCAAGUCAAAUGUAUAAUUUCUGAGGUAUAAUCUGUCAGGAUUUAGUUGUUUUGCUUUUGUACAAGGCAGGUUGGGUCUGGGAAUGUUUGCUACACCAGAAACUGUCACUGAUGGAUCUGUCCUCGCUGUGCUUGAUUGCAAAUUCACACCACCUAGACUCUAAAAAAGAAAAAAAAAUGUUUCUGAAGUGACAGUCCUAACCUGGGUGAAGUUGCAGUUUGUAAGUAAAUGACUUUUGCUUCUGUAGUUUGCAGAUUCCAGCAUAUAUUGUCUUUCAGAAAUGAAGUAAAUAAUGUCAGUGGUUUGAAUAUUGAUGGUGAAAGGACACACUGUAUGAUAAUCAUUUUGUGCCAAUUUUCUUUUCCAGCUUAAACAAAUUAUGUUACAACUAGGUGUCCACAUGUACACUGAUAUGUAUUCUUAUUUAUUUUGAAGAGGCAGAACUGUCCAAAUGAUGUUUUUAUCUUUUGCUGAAAAUAAAAUUGACAUUCAGUUCCUUAAAA